AUGGCGGAAAAGGACAAGCCGACGAUGAAAAUGCCUUUUCGUGCGGCUGAAGGCGUAUCUCGCUUCUUUCUCUUCGAAGCUCUGCGUACUGGCUGUGAAGAAAUUGAAUCCGCGUGUUUGCAACUCGAGUCUGCGCGUGACAGAGCCGAGAAGAUACUCAUCAAGGAGUCACCUGCUGAGUUCGAGUCUUUGGUCAAAGACGUACAUGNNCUGAAGUCCUGUGCAAAGAGCUUGCAGACACAUGCUGCGAUUGUCGAGGCGGUUGCCGAGACAGUCAAUGGCGGUACCAAUCAGUCUGAUCACAGCAGUACAAAGCUGGACAAGUUUAGAUUGCUUGUUGGCCAGAUCAAGGACGCUGCUGCUAAUAUCGAGCAAUUGAGGAGCGCGAACGUAAGUUGUCUACCUUCUUUAUUCUCUUCCGUCCAUUGCUUCCGAAGACAACUUCAUUCCUGGCUCAACCNNAAAACGGAACAAUCACCUCCACUUCCAACUGAAAGCGACUUUGACUUGGAGCCGGAAGUGCAGUCAUCCAAAAAAUCGAAAACCAGAGAGCCAGAGGAAACCACUCUUCCCAAGAACAAGAAGAAUAAGGCCAAGCACGCCUCGAACAUUUCAGCACCAGUCAAUGAGACCCCAUCAUCUGAUGUUCUGGAUGAGAAGCCCAUGAAGGGCAAGGGAAAGAAGCUAGGAAGGCCUCUCAAGCCAUUUAAGACGUCCAAACCUUCUUCAAGAGCUUCCGCCGAGUCCAGCUCACCACCUCCGGAAGAAGAGAUUGUACAAUCAAAGCCAUCUUCCAAGUCUAUUCCUGAGACCAAAGGAAACACCGAAACUCCCAAGACCGACAACCACUCUCACCCAACUACUCCCAAAUCAGCUCCAGCAAAUCAAUCUUCGGUCGACGAGGAAGACAUCAACGCAGAAGUAGACGCUCGUCUCGCAGCCAAAGAGNCUGAAGCGUGCAAAAAGAAGGAAGCGAAGAAACGCAAGCGCGACUCUGUCGCCUCCGACAUCUUCUCCCCAGAUCCGAAGGCCGAGCCCGAGCACAGAACAGUUUUACCAGCGAAGAAGAAGGCACGCGUCGAUAAGAUUGAUGGUGAUGGCAAAGGAAAGCGUCAGAACGUUGACGAUGCCCCGGGCAGCAAGUCAAAGGUGAAGAAACAGAAGACUAAUGUCGACAUCAAGAAGGAAGAGACGGCAGUCGAGGCGAACAAGGCAAAGCGCAGACGCUUGUCUGACAUCGCUGUGGCAGAAGCACCAACCGCUGCUCCAGAGGUUAGAAGCCACAAGAAGCGUCGUAUGGGCUUGUGA